GUUGUCACCACUAGGGCAGGGGAUCCUUACUGGCACCUGGUCGUAGAGUCAGGGGUGCUGCCAACAUUUUACGAUGCACAAGAAGCCCCCAUAAGAGAACUAUGUGGUCUGUUUGUCAAUGGGGUCAAGGCUGUGAAACCCUGGGAUGGCCCCGCCCAAGGCCCCAGCAGCCGAGCUGGGCAGAGGGGCCGUCAAGAAGCACUGUGGCCGGGGCAGCCGGGGCCCUGGCUCCCAGGAGGAGCUCACCAGGCCGCUCUCGGGCAUCCUGUCCAGGCAUCCACUGCACCGGGGGAGGUGCUGGGCACCUCCUGAGUAAUUUCAGAGAGAAGCUUAUAAAGCGUUUUAAGAGGUUGGUAAAUUACAACUCCAGAAGCACAUAAAUGCCUCCAUAAAUUCCAGCCUUGCGAAGCAAGUCUGUGUGGGAGAGGAGGGACGGGUGGCCCACGCCUUGGGAGAGCCCGCGUGGGGAGCGUGGGGAGGCAGGGGCCCGCACUCACCUUUGCUCCUUAAUUCUCAGGUUCUCCUGGCUUGCUUACCUGCCUGGUGGUGCUUUGUUUGUGCUUCUUAUUCCUUUCCUACCCAAAGAGGCUUCAUCGACCGUCUCUGUACGCAGUUCAGGGACUGGGGGGUGGGGCGGGCAGAGCAGGCUGUCUUGGGGUCCUGAUUCUACCCUCCUAGGUUUGGAGAGCUGGGGGCCACAGAGAGGACUGCUCUCCAAAGCAGCCCCGUUUUCAGGCUCACUCCCAUGAUCCUUUGCUGGCCACAGCCGCAAAGGACCCAUGGAGACUGUUUGCUCAGCCUAACCAACAUCUCCAUAGCACCCAGUGGUUUUCAAAACACUUUGACUCCUGACGUUUGAUCAGUGUGAAGUAGGCGGGGCAGCUUGGCGAUCUCCACGGACACGAUGAAGACACGGAGGAGGCCAGACAGGUGGGGACGUGUUCCACAGGUCAGCAGCAGAGCGAGGCUUUGAACUUCGGUCUCCCGUCCCUAAAUUCUGAGUGGUGGCACUUGACCUUGGUUGUGUGGGGCAUGAGAAUGUGGCAUUUGGGGCCCGAGAGCUCCAGCUGCAGCUCCAGGCUGCUUUACUCACUGCCUGUUUACCCAAAGCGAGCCUUUAUGUAUUUAUUUCCUAACCAUUCUGAGCCUCCGUUUCCACCCUGGUAAGAUGGAGACAAUAUUGGCCACUUUCCGGGACUGUCGUGAGGCGUAAAUGAAAUAACUCUACACAUAAUAGAUGCUCCAGGAAUGUUAGCUUGCUUUGCUCCUUUUUCACCAUCCGUGGGGCCCGGACCCAGGGUGGCAGCUAUGAGGGUGGGGGUCGGGGCUGAUGGUGACAAAUGGACAGAUCAGGCUCCUUAAGGGAAGACUUGCCAGUAGGGCAGGAACCCCAUGUCAUCUGUGAGGCCACUCCCAGUUUAUAGGAUCUGGUGCAAAGUCUUUGAAGAGGCAAUAAAAUUCAUAUUCUGUCACGAAGAGGCAACAGUGGAGAGUCCUGACUUAGCAAACCCAAUUGGACCAUUUUUUUUUUUCUUUACAAGGCGGGGAAUUCUAGAUGGGCAGCAAAAAUCGUGUUCUAAUGAGAUUAGCUUUCCCGGCUAGGAAUUAGGCUUUCCCAAGAGUAACAGGACAACACCCCGCGAAGUGGGUAUAUAAGCACCCCGGAAAGGCCUGGAGAGCACAGCGCCCCAGCUCCUGGCUAAGCUGCGACCUUCCUUGCUGGCAUCAUGGCCACCCAGACCUGCUCCCCGAUCUUCUCUUCUGGGUCCGUCAAGGGCCUCUGUGGCUCAGCGGCCGGCACUUCGCGGGUGUCCUCUGCCUGCUCCAUGGGCUCCUGCCGGACUCCCAGUCUCGGGGGUGCCGCGGGGUCUGCCUCCUCCGCCAGGAUGGGCUUCUCCAGCCCCGGGAGCUGCUCCUACCUGUCCUCUGGGUGCCAGCCCUCUGGCUUUGCUGGGAGUGGGGCCUGGUUCUGCGAGGGCUCCUUCAAUGGCAGCGAGAAGGAGACCAUGCAGUUCCUGAACGACCGCCUGGCCAACUACCUGGAGAAGGUGCGGCAGCUGGAGCGGGAGAACGCGGAGCUGGAGUGCCGCAUCCGGGAGUGGUACGAGACCCAGAUCCCGUACAUCUGCCCGGACUACCAGUCCUACUUCAAGACCAUCGAGGAGCUGCAGCAGAAGAUCCUGAUGACCAAGGCUGAGAAUGCCAGGCUGAUCCUGCAAAUUGACAAUGCCAAGCUGGCUACUGACGACUUUCGGACCAAGUACGAGACGGAGCUGGGCCUGCGGCAGCUGGUGGAGGCCGACACCAAUGGCCUGCGCAGGAUGCUGGACGAGCUGACCCUGUGCAGGGCCGACCUGGAGGCCCAGGUGGAGUCCCUCAAGGAGGAGCUGCUCUGCCUCAAGAAGAACCACGAGGAGGAAGUCGGCACACUCCGGUGCCAGCUCGGGGACCGGCUGAACGUGGAGGUGGACGCCGCGCCUCCAGUGGAUCUCAACAAGGUCCUGGAGGAGAUGCGGUGCCAGUACGAGGCCCUGGUGGAGAAUAACCGCAGAGACGUGGAGGCCUGGUUCAACACCCAGACCCAGGAGCUGAGCCAGCAGGUGGUAUCCAGCUCCGAGCAGCUGCAGUGCUGCCAGACGGAGAUCAUCGAGCUGAGACGUAACGUCAACGCCCUGGAGAUCGAGCUGCAGGCCCAGCACAGCAUGCGGAACUCCCUGGAGUCCACCCUGGCGGAGACCGAGGCCCGCUACGGCUCCCAGCUGGCCCAGAUGCAGUGCCUGAUCAGCAACGUGGAGAACCAGCUGGCGGAGAUCCGCUGCGACCUGGAGCGGCAGAACCAGGAGUACCAGGUCCUCCUGGACGUCAAGGCCCGGCUGGAAUCGGAGAUCGCCACCUACCGCCGCCUGCUGGAGAGUGAGGACGGCAAGCUUCCUGCCCACCCCUGCGCCACGGAAUGCAAGCCCGCCGCUAGGGUUCCUUACACCUCGGGCAUGACCUGCGGCCCGGCUCCCCAGGUCAGCAGCACCCAGAUGCGCAGCGCCAAGGACGAGAUCAGAGACGGGAAAGGCAUGUCCUCCAGGGAGCACAUGAAGUCCUGCCAGCUGUAGCCGGCCGCCCAGCCCGCCAGGGCGCGUGCACCUGGGCCCACAGGAAGGAGGACGCCCCUGUGGCCCCCAGCUCCCAACGACCCCGCUUCCCUAGAGGGGCUCCCCGCUGAGCAGGUUUUUCUACCAGAAUACUUCUUACAUUGUGUUUCUGAGCUUCACUGCUUUUAUGCAUGCAAAAGUAGCUUCCCCUGGAGAGUCACCCAAUAAAGUGUU